UGAGACACCGCGACAUUUAGUUCUCGCGCGACAUUUUCUACGCGCCCACGACAUUUCACCACCUUCAGAUUACCCGCCGGGAUAAACCUACACAUCUAAAGCUACACAUUUAUAAAUAUAUAAAUAUCAAGCCAUCUACACUUUUACGGCUACACAUUUACACAUUUACACAUCUACACAUUUACACAUUUACUCAAUUACACAUUUACACAAUUACACAUUUACACCGCACACGUUUGUCUUCCUUUACUUGAUACGGCACGUACUACCAAUUGAUAUGGCAUCGCUUUGUCCGCCAGCAGAGUUGGUCUCUCACAUCCUCACCACCUUGGCGUUCUCGGGCCAGACAGGCUUACUGCUUCUGGAACUAUGGAGGGAGGUGGCCGCCAAACUCGACCUGGACUCAAUUGAUGACUUCCAGAAACAAAUCAUCUGGCUGUGGUUGUUUUUUAAGGAUGCCGGCGCCGAUGACUUGGUGAUCCAUCACAAUAACAUUCAACAAGCAGUUACCCCGAAAUACCCCGACAUGUUUAAUGAAACAGGGGUUUCAGAAGAAUCGUUACAAGUGUAUCCAAGCUCCGACACCCAAUGGAAGCAUUUGACCAUGACCGAUAAUUAUUCUCAGAUCAAAACUCAAUUGGGUGACUUACCCUUCCAAUUACUAUGUUUAAUUGCAAAAUUUGGUCCAAGUGGAGUGAUCACUCCUACGCUAUGUAAACUAUCGGGCCAAGAUCCAAGAUCCAUUGGUGGUAGGUUGAAAAAAUUAGAAGAAAUGGGCUUUAUUAAUAAGUCUAGUUUUUAUGAGUCUAGUUUAAAAGUUCAUACGACUAAGUCAGUUCAUGUGAAAUUUUCGGCUGAUAGUUUUGAAUCUUCUUCCAAUUCAGUUGAUGAUGGAAAACACGAUGCUCUUCCCUUUAAUAGCAGUAUCAAAUCGGUUAGAAAUCAGAUCAUGAAUGCAGUUAAAUCUGCUCCCGAUCAAAUCAGGGGUUUUAGAGAUUUAAAAUUCGAAUUAAACCUAAAUAAUGAUCGCACAUCGAGAAUUUUUUACAAUUCUCUAUGUCAAGGUCUUGAGAAAUCAGGUUAUAUUAAGAAAAUUCUUGUCAAUAUCCCAGAAUUAGAUGAAAAUAAAUUCAUUUACUGUAUAAAAUUUCUUAAACCUUUACCAAAAGAUGAUGAGGAUUUAGUUGAUGAUACUUCUUUAAUGGAUUUCACAGAAUUUACUGACGAGGAUGAUCCGGAUCAAAAUACUGAUGAUUUAAUUCCUCGUUAUAAUAGAAUCUUCCCCUUAACAAAUCAAACUUUCCAAUUCAUUGCUUCUAAAGGUUCUCUGGGUACUACAAUUAUGGAUUUUGCUAGAGAAUUAACCGGAAUCCAUUAUUAUAGACCUUUCAAUCGAUUCCUUGAAUCUUUUUGUAGUUUCACUAGUGAUGGGAAAAGAUUAAAAUUAAUAAAAAAUUAUAAUGACCCAAAUCAAAAUUUAACCGUGGUGAGAAUUUAUGACUCUGAAGGUAAAUAUAAAUUUAUCCGUCUUUUUGCUCGUGAAUUUGUUGAUGCUCAAGAUGCUAAACCAGCUAAUGAAAAACCAAUUAAAGAUACAAUUCAAAAACUUAACUUACCAAAAUUGAAUCACAAAUUCUUAACUAAAAUCAAACCUAUCACUGGUCCCUUACUAGAAAAGAAAGUAAUGGAAAAGAAGGCCCCGGAAAAGAAAAGACAAACUUCUUCCACUACUCCUGAAACAACAAAGAGACAGAAAAGAGGUAGAGGAAGACCUACCGCUGCUGAAUUAAAACAAAAAGCUGAAGAAGAAGAAAGAGAAAAACAAGAGGAAAUGAAAAGACAAGAAGAAAUAUCUCACCAACAACAACUAAAACAAGAGCAGCAACAACAACAGCAACAUGAUGAGCCAAUCGAAGAAUCUAACCCAAUUGAAGAAACAAUUAACCACAUCAAGGCUGCUGAUAUGCCUGCUCCAAGAAUCGUUAAGAAAGGACCGAGUAAGAAGAAUCGUGUUACUAAUCCAACCCCUAUACCUACAAGUGAUAAAUCUAUAUCCAUAAAAUCGUUGAAAAGAAGAGAGUGUAUAGUAGAUUUGAUUAAGAAAAAUGGUGGAGUUCAGUAUACUUCAUCUAAUUUCGUACGUGAUAUUGAUGAUGCGUUGGGUAAUAAACAAACAACUGAUAAUAAAACAAUUGCUAGGGAUAUCUCAGAAUUAAUCAAAAAUGAAACCCUUGAAGUUGAGCCGUUUGUUAUAACAAGAGGUACUUUAACCUUUCAUAAAAAACUACUCAUUUUGAAAGGUUUAAACCCGUCUCCAGAAACAUUAGAAAAAGUAAAGACUAAAUGUAUUAAUGAAAAAACUCAUGGAAGCCAGGCUGCUUUACCUAAAACUGUCAAUAAGACUCUUCAUUUAUUCUCUAAAGAUUCGUUGGCUAGUUCGAACAUAGGUAAGAAUAGACUCAAAUCCCUUAACAGUAAAGAUAACCAUCAACUCGAGAAAGCAAGCAAGAGAAAAUCUCGUAAAACCAAAGUUAAAGAGGAUCCAGAUGGCGAAAACAAUAAGGAGUCUAGUGGUAAACGUAAAAGAAAAAUUAAAAGAACAGCUGCAAAUGCUGAAGGAGAUGAAAAUGAUAUUUCUUCUACAUCUCAAAACGAUCCUCUUUUAUCAGUGGUUUCUAAAGGUAGAAGAAAACCAGGAACUAAAAAGAAGAAGAAAAGUAUGUUUGUUUCAGCUCCGAAGAUGAGAAAAUUUCGUUCUACUCUUAAAUUUGACAAGUCAGACGCAACAAUAUUGUUUAGAGCUGUUAUUAUUCGUAAGAGCCUCAGGAAAACAGCUCUUGAUUUCGAAGAAAUUGGAAGUUUUAUUGGAAUCAAUAAUGCAAAAGAAGCUAAAAGGAAAUGGAAUUCUACCAGAAGAAUUAUUGGUGGUCAAGCGGCCCUCGAAAGGGGAACUCAGUCUUUUGAGCAAAUUGUAAUGAAAGGUAUUGCAAAUGGCCUUAUUUCCGAAAAAGAUUUAAUUGAUUGUGACUUGCAGUUUUUCUUAGAUCUUUGGAGGGACUUUGAUAGCUCUGAAUUGGAGAUAGUGGAUAAAACUCCUCUUUUCACUACAAUUGAACAAAAUCGUGAAAAUUACGAUAUAGUGAAAAGCUAUGAAAAUGAUACCGAUCUUUAUGAUACAUUGGAGGAUAAUUCUAUGAGACAGAAAGAGCUCAUAUUAUCGGCCUAUGUAGCCUCUUACAAAGAAAAUGAAUCAAUAAAACCAGAUGAAUAUGAAGAAUUAAGGACAUUGAUUAAAUCUAUCGUGGCUACCUCAGAGGAAAACUUCUCUGGAGAUCAACUGAAAAAACUUUUGGAAAAUCAUAGUCAAGAGGAUAUUGAAAAAGUCAUGACCCAAUUAAUCAAUGACAAAGUGGUGGUUUACUUUUCGUUAGAAGAUUCUAAUACUCGUUUUAUGUUAAGUGAAAGGUUCAGAGCAGCACUCAGUACAAAAAUUUGUCACCCAAAAUUUUUCAACCUUGCUGAGCUGCUAAGGGAAACUUUAAGCAACUUCGCUAAGUCCUCCAAAGGUCUUAUUCUAUCCCACGGUAUCCAACAUGGAGAAAUGGCAUGUCUUCUACAAAUGGUAUCAAACUCGUUAGUAUCGGUGGUAAGAAUAAAUAAACCUUAUAAGAUCGACACCUACGAAUCGAGACUUAUAGAUCGUGAAGUUCUCAAUUGUGAUAUUGUUGUAACCCGCAAUAAUGAUCACCUUGAACCAAUGUUCAAUAACAAACCAGUCCCAUUAGGAAAAGCUUGUUCCAGAAUAUGGUUAGACAUGAAUGGUGAAAUCAACUCGCAGCUUUGGAUCAAACUCAUAUCAACUUUAAUUCAGCUUAUAGUUUUUAGACCUGGUAUUACCGAUGAAAUUCUUCAUUCUAAGUUGAAAGUAAUCUUGAAUAAACCAGAUUUUGAUAGUGUAACUGGUUGGCUUGUUGAAACUAGCUGCAUUAUCAAGAAAAACCAUGCUUACUGGGUGAAUGACGAAUGGUUUUCAAUGCUUGGUCCAUAAAGCUUAUGAUGAUGACGACCUUCUUUUAUGUAUUAUUAUUUGUUAUAAUCAGUAAUUUAAAGUGCUAAAGAGAAA